UUUGUAUUUUUAGUAGAGACGGGGUUUCACCAUGUUGACCAAGCUGGUCUCGAACUCCUGACCUUGGGUGAUCCACCCCCCUCAGCCUCCCAAAGUGCUAGGAUUACAGGCAUGAGCCACCGCACCUGGCUGUACCAGGGUUUUCUAUUGAGUUUCUUGCCAAGGGUGACUUCCAAUAACAACCUCCCCUUGCACUUUGCUUAGGACUGGAAAGCUCAGGCAGCGCAGGGUGAAUAAAAGCCUGAGUAGUGCAGUUCCCAUGGAGGGGCGGGGGGGGGCCACAAGGUGGGCAGCAGCAGGGAUGGGUAUUGUGAGGCGUUGGGGGGGUGCUGUGGGGCUGGACAUUGUGAGACACUAGCCUGACCUGGCUGUUUCCUGGUAACCAGGUGACAUAGGAAGCUUUGUGGAUUAUAGGCAUCAGCCAGGGCCAGCAACCCUCAGUCAGCUGGCAAUGGAGGGAGGAGGAGCUCCGACUGUGCUCUUUGACGGCAGUUUUUGUGCCUCUCGGCACUUGUGUUCGUUUAUUUUUCAAAGAAGACAGCAGGUCCCCGACCUCGUAGACCAGCUAGUUUGGGAGGUGGUGGCAGAAUAAGGGCUGAGGCCCCAGAUCUGCCUGGGGUCAGGCUGCUUCUAAAAGUGCAAGGCCACCCUCAGUAGUAUGGCUGCCAGGGCAACAUAGUUACAAUUUCAUUGAAGGCUGAGGCAGGAGUGGAGAGGCGUGGAGAGGCCCCAUGGGGAAUAUACUGACCUGUUGUAUCAGCUCCAACUGUGGCUGGUGCAGGGGGAAGGAGGCACCCUGUUAUGAAUCUGAUAUUUAUGAGGCUGUGGCUGUUGCAACAUCAGAAUCCACUACUGUAGAGCCUGGCAAGCUGGAUGUGGGAGCCACGGAGGGCCAAGACCUGCAGCACAUCAGCAACCAAAAGACGCCCACAGGUCCCCCUGAGGACCGCCUGAGUUUAAAAUUUCUACCACCAAGUGAGGAAGACGAUGAUGCCAAGAUUUUACCAUCACCUGUCCAGGGUUCUUCUGAGGACAACCUGAAUUUAGUAUGCCCACCACGAAGUGAAGAUUAUGAUGGUGAUGAUAUUGAGGCCCAGCUUUUACAGUUACCUGUCCUGGGUGGCUGUUACCAGUUUGAUAGCAGUUGUUGUUCUUCUGAGGACAACCUGAGUUUAGUAUGCUUACCACCAAGUGACGUUGAUGAUUUGGAUGAUGAUGUUGCUGAGGCCCAGAUUUUACCAUCACCUGUCCAGGCUUCGCCGGAGGACCGCCUGUUUUUAAGACGCUUACCACGAUGCAAAGAUGAAGAAGAUGAUGAUGAUGAUCUUGAUGCCCACAUAACAGCUCAGAAAGAAAACGACUUGACGCUGGAGAGUCUAAGUGACGAGGAGAUUCAUCCAGUAGAGACAAGGUCUAAAGAUGGCCCGUUUUUAAGAUGCUCACCACGAUGCAAAGAUGAAGAAGAUGAUGAUGAUGAUCUUGAUGCCCACAUAACAGCUCAGAAAGAAAACGACUUGACGCUGGAGAGUCUAAGUGACGAGGAGAUUCAUCCAGGGCUGGUGAAUUACCAGAUCUCCGUCAAGUGCAGCAACCAGUUCGAGUUGGAAGUGCGUCUUUUGGAUGCAGAAAACAAAGUCGUGGACAACAGGGCCGGGACCCAGGGCCAGCUGAAGGUGCUGGGUGCCAACCUCUGGUGGCCGUACCUGAUGCACGAACACCCCGCCUACCUGUACUCGUAGGAGCUGUUGUAGGUGCUGCUGACUGCACAGAUGUCACUGGGGCCUUUUUCUGACUUCUACACGCCGUACGGGGAUCUGCACUGUGGCUGUCACCGAGAGCCAGUUCCUCAUCAGUGGGAAACCUUUAUAUUUCCACGGCAUCAACAAGCAUGAGGAUGCGGCCAUGCGUUGGGGCUCCUGGGUCCUCGUGGGGGCUGCUUCUGGUCACCUUCCACUUUCACCUUCCCUGUGUCCCGCAGUUGAGGGCAGCUCAGGGCAAUGAGGCAAAUGGCUCCAAACGUCCCCCCAGUGGAGCCGGUGGUUGGGCUGGAGAGAGGGGGCUCAUGGGGUGGCUCUCCAGGGUCCUGGCUCUCGGAGGAAGUGCAGCUUCGACAGGGACAGGGGUCACUCGGCUCUGCUGUCCCCUAGAUCCGAGGGAAGGACUUCGACUGUCUGCUGCUGGUGAACGACUUCAACCUGCUUCGCUGGCUUGGUGCCAACACCUUCCGCGCCAGCCACUAUCCCUACGCGGAGGAGAUGCUGCAGAUGUGUGACCAGUAUGGGAUUGUGGUCAUCGCUGUUCAACAACGUGUCUAUGCAUCACUACCUGUGGGUGAUGGAGGAACCAGUGCGCAGAGACAAGAAUCACCCCGCCGUGGUGAUGUGGUCUGUGGCCAACGAGCCUGCAUCCUACCUGGAAUCUGCCAGCUAUUAGAUCAAAUGACGUCUCGCUCUGUCGCUCAGGCUGAAGUUCAGUGGCACGAUCUCGGCUCACUGCAACCUUCACCUCCCAGGUUCAAGCAAUUCCCCUGCCUCGGCCUCCCCAGUAGCUGGGACUACAGUAGGGACGGGGUUUCACCAUGUUGACCAGGCUGACCUCGAACUCCUGGCCUCAAGUGACCUGCCUGCCUCAGCCUCCCAAAGUGCUAGGAUUACAGGUCGGGUGCAGGGGCUCAUGCCUGUAAUCCUAACACUGACAGGAGUCCAGGAGUUCAAGACUGCAAAUGAGCUAUGAUUGUGCCACUGCACUCCAGCUGGAGGCAACAGAGAAAUCCUGCGUGAGCAUAAAACUGAAGUAAAUGGAUUGGAUGGAAUUGGAAUCAAGAGUGACUCCUGGAUUUACAUAACAGGAUGAAGCCUCGCUCUGUUGCCAGGCUGGAGUGCAGUGACGCAAUUGUGGCUCACUGCAACCUCCACCUCCCGGGUUCAAGGAAUUCUCCUGCCUCAGCCUCCCGAGUAGCUGGGAUUACAGCAUCCCACAACCAUGGCUGGCAGAUGCCAAGGGGAUAUGUGAGAUGGCCCAGCUCCAGGAUGAAACUCAACUUGAGGGAAGCUGGGGAGAGCCUCACAGCACUGGACAAGCCAUCGGAUGGCACUGCCCCCAGGGACACACCCAGGGGCGUGGAUAGGGAUACGGAAGACCUAAGGCAAAGGGUGGCUUCAGACAUGACAGCAGAUCAGCCGCUGGGGAAAUGCCAGAGGGGAUUUGACAGCUGGGCCAGGUGUUCCAGGACAGCACUUUCCAAAAGAUUUUCCAUCCAAACUUCCAGCAAGAAGUAGAUCUUCCAUCGUUACCCAGAGCAUAUCUACUCAUUCAGAUGAAGAAAACAACUCUUUGACAUGCAUUAUCUCCCAACACCAACCUCAAUCCAGCCCUGGAAAGUGAGCAGAGCCAGCAGCAUUUCCAGCCCUACCUCUGGAGGAAGGAGAGGAACCUGAGACUCUUGGGUGACCUGAGGUGUCUCUGGCAGCACCAGCAAAAGAGCCUGGCCCUGGCCGCCCAGCAUAGGUGCUCAGUCCCUCCUGACUGCCACUGCUCCCUCAACACCAAAGCACGGGGUCCUGAGAUGUUGGGAGAGGGUGGGGGAUGCUGGGCUGGGAGAGGGCCUGGGGGCCUGUCAGAAGCCAUGACAUGAUGCACUCACCGCUCGGGAGGAAGCUACUGGCCUUUGAGUGAAAUCGGUAAGUAUGAACUCUGGAGAUGUAUCGUACAACAUGGAGUCUACAGUUAAUAAAUGUAUUGUAUACUGGAAAA